CGAUCGUCGAAAAAUCUGGGGUGCGAUUUUGUAGGAAUUCUAUUACUUUUUCCAUGCCUUUUGCCGCCAUCACUGAGCAGCCAUUGGUCGAAAAUGACCGGGCCGCACCCAUUUUGUCUGUCAAUCACGCGACGUCAGGAACCCGCAAAAACUGUAAUCGUCAUCGUGACGUUGAGGCACUCAUUAUGCGGAGCAAAAGGCACGGAUUUUUGGAACGGCCAGAGGCAGGGUCGUUUCCGAAGGCAUGAAAAAAAUGGCCGCCCCUCUGAUCGCUAUGGCCGUGGCUCUUCGCCGUCGCCGACGUGAACAGGGAGAGCCAGACGACGCGUUUGACAUGCCGGAUGACCAUUUUCGACGGCGUUUUCGCCUCUCGAAGGGAACGGUGCGGUUGUUGUGCGAGGAACUGGCGGGGGAACUAGAAGCUGAGCGAGCGACGGGACUGUCGGUGGAGCGGAAAGUGUUGUGUGCGCUGCGCUUCUUUGCUACCGGGAGCUUCCAAGCGUCCGUUGGGAGCGAGGAGACGAUCCGUGUGUCGCAGUCGACGGUGAGCGACUGCGUGCGACGUGUGGCAGAGGCUGUCGUGAACGCAGGGGCCCGCAACAAGUGGGUCCAUUUUCCAAAGACAGCCGAGGAAAAGGCAGCCGUGAAGGAGGGUUUCCUUCGGCGCGGCGUUAUCCCCGGCGUCAUCGGAUGCGUAGACGGCAGCCUCAUAGCCAUUAUCGCACCCAAGGGUGAGCGCAAGGCUGUGUUCAUGUGCCGCAAGGGAUACUACGCCCUCAACUGCAUGUUCAUCUGCGACGCGGACAUGAAAAUCUUGGCCUUGGACCCUAUGCGACCGGGGUCGGACCACGACGCUUUUGUCUGGCGGACGACAUGGUUGCGCCGGCGGUUCCAAGCGGGGCGCAUCGUGAAUGCCGGGGAAUACCUCCUCGGUGAGAAAAAAACAUUUUUUUGGCGCAGUCACGCGUCAGCAGCGCAGAACGCCGUGUCCGCUCCAACCCAAACUUUUAACCAAACCACAAGAACAUCAGUAAUUCCGGAGUAAAAAAAGAAAAUUAAGACAUUGACUGCCACCAUUGGCAAUGUUCGAAGUGUUAAGUUACAAGCACA